AUGGCCGCAACUACCACUCUCACCUGUACCAAGCUCGUCUCGCAUCGUAGCAGAGGCACUGCUGUUUCACUUGCUCUCGCCACGCUUUCCUCCCUAACCCCGUCCGAUUACUCGCACAGCCGUUCGCCACUCUAUUCCUUCGAUCGGGUUAGUGUUGGUGACAAAGAGAACUUUUCUCCUUUCGAAACCACAACCUCUUUGCAGUUGAAGAGAGAACCGCUAUCAGAUAUCACAAACUCUUUCCUUUCCCCUUUUCUGUCCACCUCCCCUAGUCCUACGUCUACAUCAAGUUUGUUGCCAGCAACAGCAACUAACACCAAUCACCCUACUAUCAGGAGUACAGGCGCUAGACCAAGGUCAAGUCUGCACCGAAUCGUAGUUGGCUCACUACAUCGCAAAAAAGCAAUUUGUCGUAGAAGAAAUGCUAUCUCCCUUUCUUCUCAUCAAGCUUCUUUGCUUGCGAUGCAACUUUCAACCCCAUCAAGCGUCGCUACAUCUCCGUCACCAGUCGAUGUGAAGAAAAGCCAGAACACUGAAGAGGCAAUUAAGACGAACGUUCGAUUUAGAACAAUCGCCCUAGAAAGAAACGUCUUCCUUAUUAGUCGAACUGAUGGACAUUCAUUCAGCUGCAAUGCUUGCAAUUGUAGCUGUAGCACUGCUCAGACUGUAGUAUCUGCGCCGUCUCUCGCGGCUUAA